AUGGCUUCUCAAGCAAUUAUCGAAUGCACCUCUUAUUCAUCUGAGGUGAUAAAGACGUAUGAUAUCUUUGUGAGCUUCCGUGGUGAAGACACGCGCAACAACUUCAUUGGUUUUCUCUUUCAAGCUCUUCGAUCGAAAGGGAUUGAUGCCUUCAAAGAUGAUGAAGAUCUGAAGAAAGGCGAAUCCAUAGCACCAGAGCUCCUACAAGCCAUUCAAGGGUCUCGCAUUUUCAUUGCGGUCUUCUCAAAAAACUAUGCUUUCUCUACUUGGUGCUUGCGUGAACUAGCAGAGAUAUGUAAAUGCGUAAAAACAUCACGAAGAUCUGUGGUGCCGAUAUUUUACGAUGUUGAUCCUUCAGAAGUGCGAAAACAGAGUGGAUGUUAUAAAAAAGCAUUUGCAGAACACGAAGAAAGAUUCAAAGAAGAUAAAGAGAAGAUGGAGGAAGUGCAGAGGUGGAGAGAAGCUCUCACUCAUGUGGGCAAUCUCUCUGGUUGGGAUAUCCGAAACAAUCUCCCAAAUGAUGAUCUAGUUGGAAUAGAGUCUCGGGUUGAAGAAUUAGCAAAUCUUCUUUGUUUGGAGUCAAUGAAUGAGGUUCGAGUUGUUGGAAUUAGUGGGAUGGGUGGCAUAGGAAAGACUACUCUUGCUCGGGCUUUACAUGAAAGAAUCUCUCAUCAAUAUGAUAUUCAUUGUAUUAUUGAUGAUGUAAGCAAAAUUUAUCGAGAUUCUAGUUCAGUAGGUGUACAAAAGCAGUUACUGUCCCAGACUCUAAAGGAGAAAAAUCUAGAGAUUUGCAAUGCUUUUGAGGGAACAUGUUUGGCGUGGACUAGGCUACGCAAUGCAAGGGCACUUAUUGUUUUGGACAAUGUUGAUGAAGUUGAACAACUAAGGAUGUUUACAGGGAAUAGAAACACUAUGUUGCGUGAACUCUUAGGUGGAGGGAGCAGAAUCAUCAUAAUUUCCAGGGAUGAACAUGUAUUGAGAACACAUGGAGUGGAUGAUGUUUAUAAAGUCCAGCCGUUGAACGAGGAAAAUGCUGUACAGUUGUUUUGUAGGAAUGCUUUCAAAGUCAAUUUUAUUUUGAGCGAAUAUGAAAAGUUGGCACGUGAUGUAUUAUCACAUGCUCAAGGACAUCCCUUGGCAAUUGAAGUAAUUGGCUCAUCUCUAUAUGGUCGAAAUGCAUCACAAUGGAAAAGUGCAUUGGGUAGGCUAAAAGAUAAUAAAAGUGGAAAUAUUAUGAAUGUUUUGCGUUUAAGUUUUGAUCAGCUGGAUGUAGGAGACAGAGAAAUAUUUCUGGAUAUUGCAUGCUUCCUCAACGGUUAUCAUGAAAAAUUUGUGAAGGAAGUUCUAAAUUUCCGUGGAUUUCAACCUGAAUAUGGCGUACAACUUCUCCUUGAUAAAUCACUCAUAAAUAUUGAAUAUGAGAAUAUUGAAAUGCAUAGCUUGUUGAGGGAUUUAGGCAGGUGUAUUGUUCGUGAAAAAUCACCUAAGGAGCCAAUAAAGUGGAGUAGGUUGUGGGAUAACCAAGAUCUCCGCAAUGCCUUGUUAGACAAUCAGGUGAAAUUAAUAGUUUAA